UACAUCCAUCCUGAUGAACAAACACACACAUUUCCUCCAUCAAUCUCUCUUAUUAUUUUCUUAUGGCUUUCUCCUUUUGCCUUUCCCACCAUCAAAUGGCACUCAAGAUUAACCUCCUAACGAGUGUUGCUAAACACCCGACAUCCACAUUUGCUCUUAAAGCCGUAAACAAUGAAAUUUAUGGCGUACAAAUUGGAUACAGUUUAAGAACGGAAUGGAGUUUUAUGGGAGGAUCACGAGCGAUCGUCAUACCGAACCUCGGAAGAUCCGACAUGCGUCAAAGAACCUUGCGACUGCAUGCAUCAUGGCUCGCGAGUUCACAGUUAGCAGGUGAUGCUUUUACGUUAGGAACUGCUGCUGUUCUUCCGUUCUACACCCUCAUGGUUGCAGCUCCAAAAGCCGAUUUGACUAGAAAGUGCAUGAGAAGUAGCAUACCAUAUGUCGUGCUCGGGGUUUUGUACACGUACCUUCUUUACAUCUCAUGGACGCCUGAUACAUUCCGAUUGAUGUUCUCAAGCAAAUAUUGGCUGCCCGAGCUUCCGGGUAUAGCUAAGAUGUUUUCUAAAGAGACAACAUUAGCCUCGGCUUGGAUCCACUUGUUAGUCGUCGACCUCUAUGCUGCAAGACAGGUGUAUCAGGACGGAUUGGAUAAUGACAUCGAGACUCGGCAUUCGGUUUCUCUUUGCCUGUUGUUCUGUCCAAUUGGAAUACUCAUUCAUGCCAUCACCAAGGCACUGAUCACCACAUCUAGAGGAUCAAAAACUGAGAUGCAUUGAUGUUUUUAGUGUUUUUGACCCCAUAUGGGCUUUAAAUUUAGCCAAGUGUUCAUGUGUAUGAACUUAAAGUUUUUAGUUCUAUUGAUUAUGGUUUUGGCA